GACUGCCCGCUGACACUGCUUAACUUCACAUCCGACCUUCGCGUUCUUGUUCGGAAGUUCCCUCGUUCCCUUCCUUCAAGAGAACAGUUUUUUCAAAAUGGUACUGCUUCGCCCUUGAGCGAGAUCAACUUACAAACUGAACUCCUUGCAUUGGCUGCCUUUAAUCAGCUCGAUACUCAGAACCGAAAUUCAGACCUCAACUUAGCUCUUAGGAGUUUCCUUGCGUCUUGUCGGAAACUCUUUUUUUCUCAGGAGGAUAAAGCUGCUUUGGCUUUCUUUGGUGGACUGGGGUUCCUUGUCUUUCGGUCAAUGGAAAAAAAGGCAUCUGUGAAGAGCUUCCGUGCUCAGUCAGACGUUCAACAACGCCUGUCUGAUAUCUGCGAUCUCCUGGGUGUCAGCAUCAGUUCAGCCGAUCAGCUUGGUAACCUUAUCCAUGACCUUCGGCAGGUUAUCUUUGUUUUGGGGACAAAUUCUCAUGUGGAUAAGAUGGCUUUGCUGGCACUCUUCCGGCGAGCUUGGUGCGAAGUCGGCGGCUUGGAUAAUGGGGACUCGGACUUUCAUGUAAAAAAUCUAAGUAAUAAUGACUUCGGGGAAGUGGAGGCUGCCCAAAUUGUUGACCUUUUCUCGGUCACAUCCAUGCCGUUGCUUAGUGAGGGUGGUAACGGUCUCGACGCUCUCGAUAUCGCAAUGAGAAGGAAUGUAGAGGCCUCGAUUCGACAGAACCAAUUGGCGAGGUCACUGAAGAAUAAUUAUGUAAAGCCAGAUGAGUGGGCACGACUGAGAACUUUUCUAGAACCAGUUUGUAAGAAUCUCCAGAUGAGUAUUAUCCAGGUUGUGGAUAUGGUCUUCAAGGUGUUGAAAUCUGAAAGUUCUGAUGACUCACUUCAGAGUGAGCUGAUUGAUUUGAUGGGUUUUGAUCAAUUCGACGUCGUGUCAACUCUCAUUCGUGAACGCGCUAAGUGGCUCAAGUGGCACAGCUGGUACUUGGCUCAUAAGGAUGCUCUCACAGGAACUGAGAGAACUACUUCCAUUGUUAAAAAAACAUCUAAACGCAAAGCUAAGGAAUCUGAGCUCAAAAAUAAGAGUGAUUCAAUAUUGAACGGAUUUGAUUUGGUAGAGCAGUUACGUGAGGACCCAAAGGUGCUGGAAGAUUUUCAUCAUGCCAAACGCCUUGCUGCCGCGACUCAGGCUCAGAUCGUUGCCAGUGAGGCUUACUAUCGUGUGGCUGCUGCUGUUAAUAGUCAGCAGUCGCCUUCCAUGGUCCUCCCAUUCGUCUUUGAUGCUAUGGCUGAAGUAGUGAACGCACGACCUACCAUGCCCUCUAAGAUGGUCUUACCGAAUGACGUGAAAAGAAGGCGUACACCCCAUUGGGAGUCGUAUGAAUUCCCUUCGCCAAAUGUGCUGGGUGAUUCAGAGGUAACAUUGCUGGAUUUGGUUCGGAAGCACCUACCCAACGGCGGUUCACUGGUAGAGGUGAGUUCUCUCGAUCACAUCGCUCAGCUGGCCUUCAAAGGCAUACGGCGACUCAAUCUUGUCCAGUCGGUGGUCUUUGACACUGCCUAUAACACAGGGGAAAAUCUCCUAAUCUCGGCACCCACAGGAUCGGGUAAAACAAAUACGGCGAUGCUUGCCAUUCUUCAACUUAUUCGGCAGCACAUCAACUUUGAGUCUGGCGUACUGAAGACGGACAACUUCAAGAUUGUCUACUUGGCUCCGAUGAAGGCACUGGCGGCGGAGAUGGCGGCAACCUUCGGCAAGCGUCUGGCGCCCCUCGGUGUGCGUGUAAGGGAGUGUACUGGAGAUAUGCAGCUGUCUGCUCAAGAAAUCCUGGACACUCAGAUGCUGGUGACAACACCAGAGAAAUGGGAUGUGAUUUCGAGGAAAGGAGCAGGUGAUGCAUCGCUAGUGCAAGCUCUCCAGCUCCUCAUAAUUGACGAGGUGCAUCUGUUACACGAGGAGCGUGGGGCGGUGAUUGAAGCGUUGGUAGCGCGUACUCUUCGCCAAGUAGAGGCCUCGCAGCGCCUUAUCCGCAUUGUUGGACUCUCCGCCACCCUGCCAAACUACCUCGACGUUGCUGCUUUCCUUCACAUCAAUCCUCACCGCGGCCUUUUCUUCUUCGACUCCCGUUUCCGUCCUGUGCCCCUUGGUAUGGCUUUUGUUGGCGUGCGGACCUCUAUCCCCGGCAUCUCCGCCGAUCUCCUCAUGAAUCAGGUCUGCUACGAGCGCGUCAUUGAACAACUACGUCAAAAUCAACAGGUGAUGGUUUUUGUGCACGCUCGAGGCGAGACAGCGCGCACAGCACGAUGGCUGUUGGAUAAGGCCAGCCAGUCCGGUGACUUGGAGUACUUCCAGGUCCCACCAAACUGCAAAACAUCUGAUUUCAUCAAACGGACUGCUCGAGUCUCGGACCUUGCACUACGGGAAUUGGCCCCUCGAGGCGUAGGCUGUCAUCACGCGGGAAUGCUUCGACCCGACCGCUCCUUGGUAGAGCGCCUCUUUGGGGAGGGUGCUCUGAGGGUACUAGUGUGUACCGCCACUCUUGCCUGGGGAGUCAAUUUGCCUGCUCACGCAGUGGUCAUAAAAGGCACUCGCAUUUACGAUCCCGACCGUUCAGAUUACGUCGACCUCGACAUCCUUGAUGUUCUGCAGAUUUUUGGGCGUGCGGGUAGGCCUCAGUUUGAUAAGUUCGGAUUGGCUACGAUUAUUACAACGCAAGACAAGUUGGAUCACUACGUUCGCCUUGUAACCAAUCAAAUUCCGAUUGAAAGCAACCUACUGAAAAAUCUCAACGAUCAUCUUAACGCCGAGAUUGCCCUUGGGACAGUAUCCACCGUAUCUGAAGCGGUAGCAUGGUUGUCUUACACCUAUCUUUUCGUCCGACUCAAUAAAUCUCCCCUCCAUUAUGGUAUCACCCCAGCCAUGCUCUCGGAGGAUCCAGAUCUGACGCAUUUUCUUACCAAAGUGGUUGAGGAGGCGGCGACAGCACUAGACUCUGCAGAGAUGAUUCGUUUCGAGCCUUCAACAGGACAAAUGGCUUCCACUGAUCGUGGGCGUACGGCAUCACUCUACUACAUCAGUUACGCCACUGCGGCCCUCGUCCGCGAGCGCCUGAAUGCGUUGAUGCGAUUGCAGGACCUUAUCGGACUAGUUGCAGAGGCCUCUGAAUUUGCGCAGAUGAAGGUGCGCGACGAAGAAGAGGCUGAGUUGCAAUCACUCUACGACAAUGCUUGUCGGGUGGUAAUAAAAAAUCCCGGCACGGUAGAGGGGACCCUGAGUGUCAAGGUUAAUGUGUUACUGCAGGCACACAUCUCGCGGGCUCGACCGACCACUCACUCCCUCGUCUCAGACAUGUUUUAUGUGCAGCAGAAUGCAGGAAGAUUGGCGAGAUAUAUUUUUGAGAUCGCACUGAGACUCACGUGGUCUAUUUGCGCCACCUCUGCGCAUUGCCUAUCCAAAAUGAUUGAGCAUCGACUAUGGCACAAUGAAACCCCGCUUUGGCAAUUCAUUGAUGUGAAUGUGGAUAAUUGCCACUUAUUGGAUCGGGUAGACGAUUUGUCUCUGCGUGUUGACAAAAUUCGGGAUUUGAAUCCCAGCGAGCUGCGUGACAUUCUGCAUUAUCAAGGCAUUCGUGGAGCUGAGUACGUCUGCCGACUGGCCAGUUAUUUGCCAUUCCUCACACUAACUGUAAGUGCCCAACCAGUCACUCGCAACAUCCUCCGUAUCACUGUCAAGCCUACUGCCGACUUCACCUGGAGUGAUCGCCACCAUGGCAACGGUGGUGCUUUGCUCUACUGGUUCUGGGUAGAGGAUUCUGACAGCGCCUGCAUUUACCACUCGGAGGUCUUCGCAUUAACCAAGAAGAUGAUGGCAAAGGCGAAGGAUGGGCCCCUCACAGAACUUGUCUUCACAAUCCCUCUCCACGAACCUCUGCCAUCACAGUACCUCGUCCGCUGCAUAUCGGAUCGAUAUUUAGGUGUGGAAACUCUUGCUCCCGUUCAUUUGCGCAACUUCAUCCUCCCUCAAACUGACCCUCCUCACACUGAUCUGCUGCCAUUGGAUCCAUUGUCAGUAAAGGCACUGAAUAACCGACAAUACGAGGCACUCUAUUCCUUCACACACUUCAAUCCCAUUCAAACGCAAGUCUUUCAUACCCUAUACCACCAAGAUGUCAACGUGUUACUGGGAGCGCCGACUGGUUCAGGAAAAACGGCGAUGGCCGAACUCGCCAUUUUUCGUGUUUUCAAUACGGCACCAGAGAAGAAGUGUGUCUACAUUGCUCCACUGAAGGCGCUUGUACGAGAACGGGUGGACGACUGGUCCAUUAAGCUCGGGAAAAAACUUGGGAAGCGUGUAGUUGAACUGACGGGUGAUGUGAGUCCAGAUGCCAGUCUCCUGAGAAGCGCGGAUGUGAUCGUUUCAACACCAGAGAAGUGGGAUGGUGUUUCACGAAGUUGGCGGCAGCGCAACUACGUCCGCCAGAUUGCUCUUAUUGUGAUCGACGAAAUCCACAUGGUGGGGGAGGAUCGGGGCCCUGUCAUCGAAGCGAUUGUAUCGAGAGCAAAUUUCAUCGCAAACCAGUUGAACACACAAGUUCGAAUCGUGGGACUAUCGACUGCUCUAGCUAAUGCGGUGGACAUGGCGGUAUGGUUACGGGUGCCUCUCAUUCCACUUGGUGCAGAAAAUGGCUGUAGUGGCCGCGGGCUUUUCAACUUCCGACCUUCUGUUCGCCCGGUGCCUUUAGAAGUUCACAUUCAGGCCUUUCCCGGUCGUCAUUACUGCCCUCGAAUGGCUCUAAUGAAUAAGCCUAUUUUCCAAGGAAUUGAGGCAAAGAUGGAGACUCUGGCAUCAACAAUGCGAGACCAAAACCUUCAGAUAACCCUCCCCUACGGCAUCGGUAUUCAUCACGCCGGCUUGAGGGAAAAUGAUAGACGAAUUGUCGAAGAACUUUUUGUUAAUCAAAGGAUUCAGGUGUUAAUAGCCACGUCGACACUGGCAUGGGGUGUCAAUUUUCCUGCUCACUUGGUAAUCGUCAAGGGAACGGAGUACUUCGAUGGGAAAACGAAGCGAUACAUUGACUAUCCUAUCACUGGUACAUCCAAAAUAUUUGUUGCGUUUGUCCUGGCAGAUGUGCUGCAGAUGAUGGGUCGUGCUGGGCGUCCGCAAUUUGAUAAUGAGGGCAAAGCGGUAGUGAUGGUGCAAGACAGCAAGAAGGCCUUUUACAAACGCUUCCUCUACGAGCCCUUUCCCGUGGAGAGCUGCCUUCCUCGCAUUCUGCCUGAUUACCUUAAUGCCGAGGUCGCCUCUGGCAACGUUGCUUCCAUGCAGGCAGCCAUGGAAUGCAUCACAUGGACAUUUUAUUUCCGUCGCCUCCUAAUGAAUCCCAACUACUACCAUCUAGAAGACACGAGUGCAGCGAGCGUGAGUGCCUUUCUUUCCUCGGUCGUAUCUGAUGCGGUGGAGCGAUUGAUGGACGCUGGUUGUGUUGAGGUGGGCGAAGCUGAAGUUGACGAAACGGAUGCGAAUAUCAUCCCCCUCUAUCCCACUGAAAUGGGUCGACUCGCCUCUUUCUACUACAUUUCCCACAAAACCAUUUGUCUGUUCUCACAAAGCCUUUCAACCACCACCAAUAUUGAGGACCUCAUUUACAUUCUCUCGAUGAGUGAGGAGUUUGCGGAUAUCCCCGUGCGUCAUGGGGAAGACGAGGUGAAUGCGACCCUGGCAGGCGAGAUGCCACUGCGAUUGCGGGAGUCACCGGAGUCGGGGCACGCGAAAGCGCACCUUUUAUUGCAAGCCCACCUCUCGCGGAAGACGGCAGGACUGCCAGUGGCGGACUACAUAACGGACACCGCAUCGCUUCUGGAACAAAUGCCAAGAUUGUUGGCUGCGAUGUUAGACUGUGCCGCGCUUAAGGGGCAUCUGGCGACGGUGUUGCGAUGUAUUCUCCUUGGGCAGAUGAUUGAGCGCGCGCUUUGGCUCUCAGACUCACCGCUACUCCAACUUUCCGCCUCCAUUGACUCCUCCCAUCUUGCAACUUUUCGACUGAGUGAAGACGUCUACGUGGAAACGCUGCCUCAGUUGUUAGAAGUGGCUGGAGCUGCGCCUCGGUUCCUCGGAUUGCGAAAUGUCAUCGGGGACCAACUAGCUCCCGAAAUUGUCGAACAGAUAAGAAGGACUCUUUUGUGCUUACCAAUUGUUUCGCUCCAAAUAUCCCUGGCAAGGGAUCAAAGGGAAGAAAAGGUACCGAUAACUGAACUCGAUGUCUCUGCGGAGAAGGCCAAACAAUAUGCCCUCGAAGUGUACCCCGACACCGACUACGCGCUUAUUGUCACGCUCAACUACGAAAAUACCCCUUCUAUAAUGCCUCGAGAUCAUGGGGGUCGUCAAUCACGGCCGCCUGGCUGGGUUGUGGUAUUGGGUGAACCGAUUGGGAAGGGAGUGGACGAGGGCGGCCUCUUAUUAGGAAUGAAGAAGACAACCUCUAGGAGGACUGUCUUGCGCUCCACUGUGGUUUCUCUGUCUUUCCGUUUCGACGAUACGACAACCACUGUCGAGGGCAUCCACGAACUGUCCCUCUAUCUCAUGUCCGAUACCUUUAUAUCGAUGGACCAGCAAUUUUCAUUCUGUCUCCGCCUUCUUCCUCGCAUGAAAGGCAAGGAAGAGCAGGUCAAUGAUGUGGAGGAAUGGGACGAAGACAUAUAG